AUGGUAGCCGGCGGUGAGACAGAGAAGGCAGGAGACAGGGGAAGAGAAAGGGUUUUCGCGGUGGUUGUUCGGGUUUCUCAACUCUCCGAUAUGGCCGAUAAUGGAGUUCACCAAAUCACUCAGGCCGAGCUCCUGGCCCAGAUGGUAGAACUGCAAGCUGAAGUUCGAAGACUCGCUGAGAUGUCCACUCGAAACAACGCCGGCAAACACGAGGAGAACGGCCCUAAGGGCCCAGGCAAAGACAACACAGACCUACUGAAUGUCAAUCCUCCAAAGGAGAAGUUAACCUUGGACAACCCGUUCUCCGAGGAAAUCACCAACUAUCAGAUGCCAAAGAAUUUUACACUGCCCUCUUCCCUUGAGCCGGCUUUUCCCACAUACCUUGAUGGAGCUGCAUUACUUUGGUUUUCAAAAUUACCUGAAGGAUCAAUCUCUUCAUUUGAAAAAUUGGCGAAGUCCUUCAUCGACUACUUCGCGGCGGCGCGGAUAUAUGUACAUGGAUCAGACUACUUAGGAACCAUCCGCCAAGGUCCACAAGAAAGCCUAAACGACUAUAUGACGAGAUUCGCAGAGGCUACCAUGGAGAUAAUAGACCUGAACCCGGCUGUCCACCUACACGCCAUCAAGUCCGGUCUCAAGCCCGGGAAGGUCAGAGAAACAAUCGCGGUAACAAAACCAAAAACAUUGGAAGAAUUUCGAGACAGGGCGGCCGGACAAAUGGAGAUCGAGGAACUCUGUGAAGCCGAAAAAACAGAAAGAAGGCGACCCCGAAGGGAGGAAAGCCGAACAAUAAGGUCGGCCGACCACAAAGACUCCAGGAAACCAUUCAAGCUCACCCCAAAGUUCGACAAUUACACUUGGUUCAACACAAAAAGGGAAAAGAUAAUUAAAGAAAUACUUAAUGCCAAAAUCAUAAAACCUCCGACAAGAGCAGAAAAUUAUCAAGACCAACGAUUCGUCGACAAAAGUAAACACUGGGCUUUCCAUCAGAAGUACAGACAUACAACUGACGAGUGCGUCAUAGCUAAAGAUCUGCUGGAAAGAUUAGCUCGGCAAGGCCUUCUGGACAAAUAUAUCGAAGGAAGAAGACAUAAGGAAAACGGCCGAGACCCAGAAGAACGCCAACAGACCUUAGGGAGCAAAGAGGACAAUAAAUGGUCGAACAGUACACCACCAAAAGCCAUUAUAAAUUGCAUUUUCGGAGGGUUUGCCAGCAGAGUUGCAAUAACCUCGACAAGAAAAAGAAGCUACCGCGCAAUGCUGGCAAUCGAAGGAACAACCCCGCAAAACAAAGACAAGUUCGACCUUCAAAUCACCUUCAGCCAGACAGACAUAUGCUCGGCAGCACCAAAACUAGACGACCCGGUGGUAAUCUCUAUCCAAACAGGCGAGCUAUUGGUACAGGACGGAAGCAUAGCAACGCUUCACUCAAAUCACCAACAAGCUCACCAGUGCUACAACGCAAGCCUGAAGAAGUCGAAAAUAAAAGAGAAGCAUCAGCAAGAAGUCAAAGCGAUCCUCAGUCAGAAUGAGGUCCUAACCCUGGCCGAGCUCGAUCCCUGA